AUGCAAGGAUCCUUUGGAGAUGAGAUGAUAUCUUUCGAUACAUAUUGCUUUGCGAGGGUUCUGCUUGAGCUACUCUCGGGCAAGUGUGGUUUGAGUGCUACCAUUGCCACUCGUCGUGAAACCAUGUUUGAUACAAUAGCGUGGGCUUCCAUUGAUCAGAACAAUGCACAACUAGAGCUUAGCAUAGCAGAUCCAUCCUUGGUCAUACAUGAGCAUCUUUCGCCAGAGCUUAUUGAAUCAGCAAGACCUGAAACUUUGGGAAUGAUGGAGCGUUUUAGUCGUGUCACUCAUCGUGCUCUGCUCACGAAUUUACUUAUGGACUCAUUGAUUUAUGGUAUGAAGGAGGAUUACCAAAAUAGGCUAAAGUUAGUUAUCCAAUCUUUCUCAGAACUUAUGGAUGCCACCAGAAAUGUUACAGUUCAAACUAUAGCAGAAAGUGGUGUAAAUGAGAGAGUGUACAAAGCUCGGUUGCAAAGGAUUUAUAUAUCAAAUAAUAGUGAUGAAAUGCUAAUUUCUGUGAGGCAAUAUCAUUCUGAAGAUAUGGAAGAAUUAUACUUGUGGCAGUCUCAGCCAAGCGUACUUGGAAGAUUCCUUCACCCUAACCUCCUCAAGUUCCUCGGAUACUUUUUAAGGGAAAAAGAGCUGUUCCUUGUUAACGAAUUUGCACAAAAUGGAACCUUGGAGCACCACCUUUUUAAAAGCUCUGAUGCCCGGCCACUGUCCCUGGAAAUAAGGCUAAAAAUUAUGAUUGGUGCAGCUCGGGGCCUGGAAAUCUUGCAUGUUAUUAAUGGACAAAGCUUCUAUGAAAAGUUUGAUUCCUCAGAUAUACUGCUCGACUAUGAUUACAAUGGGAAGCUAUUAGGGUUCAUGUCAAAGGAAGGCGAUGUAGAGGCUUUUGGUAUUGUUUUGUUUGAAGUUUUAACAGGCUUGUCCGCAAAAGGCUAUUAUAUUAAGGGAUCAGGAGCUCCACGUUUUGUUGAAUUCAUCGUGUCCCGGCUGUCAAAAACCGGACAUGUAGAGAGCAUCAUGGAUUCCAGGUUUGAGGAGAGAUACAAUGUGAAAACUGCCGCGGAAUUAGUUGCACUUGCUCUCCUAUGUACUGUGCCUGAUCCUCGAGCUAGGCCAUCCAUCAGUGAAGUCUUGAAGAAACUAGAACAUAUUGAAUCUGGCUUGGAAAAGCAGAAACACAAAGGUAAAACUCAAGAGGAAGACAGCGGACCCGGAGGAUCAGCAAACAAUUGCUCGCUCCGUUCCACAUUUAAUAUGGCUUAA